CUCUCUCCUCUCUAAAGACCGGAGCAGUGAGAAGCACGAAACGCUCUUUUGAGCCAUCGAAGUGACUGCUCUGCAAAAAAACAAACAUCCACCGUCCCUUCUUCUAAUCUAACGGCUCAAAUCACUUCCCCUUCACCAGUGGUUACCCCCAUCUUUCCCCACACAAUGGUUUUAUUGUUUUAACCAUAAACCCUAGCCGAAAUCGAAACACACUCUCACUCUCUCUCUAUCACCCUCUUUCUCUCUCUAACUAAGCGCGCGCUCUUUCCCGCUUCCGCCUUUUCCCUCUCUCUCCCUUCCUCCCCCUCUCUCUUCUCGCAGAUCUCGAGUUUUGUGAUUAAUUUCUCGGUCUCAAUUCUUCGUCUUCGCCUUCUGUAACGUUCGCCCUCCGUUUCUUCUUCCUUCUUCUUUAUACCCCCUCCUAAAAUUUUGUUUUUGGUCACUGUAAAUCCGUCGUUCAUGUAUCCCACGAGAUCGUUCUUUAAAUUUCUCUUGUACCGACUUUGUUCGUCUUUGAUGAUUAUGGUUUAUUAUGUUCCGAUUCUGAGAUUAAGAACCUUCUAGAAUAAUCAAGUUUGGGGUUAAGGGUGGUGUUUGUGACUUUGUGUGGGUGUAUCAGUGUAUGUGUUUUCCUUUUUCUUUUUUUUUUUGUUUAUUUAUUUAUUUUUUUAAAAAGUUAGUUUGGGUUUUGGGCUUAUUUAACACUUUGUUGCUGAGAAAUAGAGUCUAGGUCGUCUCCGUAAGUGUUGGGGGGGUUUUUGGGCAACUUUUGCGACUCGGUGCUGAGUUGACUCAACUCGUUGUACGGACUCGGUGAAAUUCGAAGGUGGUUGGGAAUAGGGCCAAAAAAGAUCGAAUCCCGGGCGGUGUUCUUCGGGGACCGGACGGCAAUGCCGGCGGUUGGGAUGAGGCGGACCACGAGGGUGUUUGGGGUGGUCACGGGCUCUGAAAACGCCCGUGUCCUGCGGUCGGGGCGGCGUCUGUGGCCGGAAUCCGGCGAGAGCUUGAAACCCAAGAGAGGUAGUGGAAAGGCGGAUGAAUGGCCCAAGAAGCCCGAAAAGAACAACGUUGAUGCCGCAGCUUUCACCUCGCCUCGUGGCGGCGGCGGAACUGCGAAAUUGAAGCAAGAAAAUACAGUUCCUGUUCGUGCCAAUGAGAAGAAAAGCGUUGUUAAAGCCGUUGAGAUCAGGAAGCAGGGGACGGUGCCGGCUGCUCGGUCGUUGAGCAAAGGCCCUGAUAAGUUCUUUGGGAUUGUCUAUACGAGGAAGAGGAAGAGGGCUGUUGUUGAUGCUAAAAAGAAGAAGUUUGGGUUGCGGUUUUCGCGGCGGCAGCAACCGAGGAAGGAUCCGUGCGUGUUUGCAGCUGUUGUCAGGAGGCAGUGCUUGGGCACGGAGGAUGAUAUGUUUUCUCGGUUCUUGGUUUUAGUGUUGAGGGCUACAUUGAGGACCGGGGUUGAGAUGAAGGAGCUCUCUGCAUUCCUUCUUUCUGAGCCUAUCUGUGGUGCUUAUGCUUCAAGGGGAAUACAGUUCUUGCAGGGUUCUCCUAUGGUCCACGCUGGUGUUUGUCAGUUUUUUGGGAACAUGAGGCUUGGGCCAUCAUUCUCUCUGGAUUUUUCUGCGGUUCCUCACUGUUUUAAUUAUCUGCGUUCUUCAGUGUUUUUGAGAUCGAUGUUUAGAUCAUUUUUUCUUGUAUAUAAUCCAGUACAUGAGUCUAGUGAUGUCGAGGAUGAAAUUGACUUCCCAGAGUUGCAGAAUGAAUUGAAGGUUUCCUACAAUUCUUUCGUGAGAGAACCUGAUGAGAGUGGAAUGAUCCUGCCUGAGGUUGUUAAAAUCAAUGAUGCUUUAUCAGCACUUGCAUCCAACAAGAGUUCCAGGUUACCUGGUCGAAGUGGACAAUACAGAAAUGUGAACUCUAAAGGCAUUCAACGGAGGAGGACUUCUCUCGGGAAACGGAAGACUCGGAAUAAUUUAUUGUUAGAAAGAAGUAAUGGAACAAUUACUUAUAAUUUAAGGAAUGGCCCUAAAAAAAAUAUUGCAGCUGUAGCAUCUAAUAUGAAGCUUAGAAAUUCGGCUAACAGUGACACUUCAGUAAGCUUAUCAGAAGCAGGUUGUGCCGCAGUAAACUCAACGGAAGGAUUGGAUUCAUCUUGUUCUACAAAUAUAUUGGUUACAGAGUCAGAUAGAUGUUACCGGAUAGAAGGAGCAGUUGUCACUGUAGAAAUGUCUGCAUCAAGGGAGUGGCAUCUUGCUGUAAAGAAAGAUGGAUUGACAAGAUGUACCCUCAAACCAGAAAAGGUGAUGAGACCCUGCUCUUCUAAUCGUUAUACCCAUGUGAUAAUGUUCUCGUUGGACAAUGGGUUGAAACUGGAGUUUCCUAAUCGACCGGACUGGGUUGUCUUCAAAGACCUUUACAAAGUGUGUUCUGACAGAAAUGUUCCUGCUCCUGUUUCUAAAUUUAUUCCAGUGCCAGGUGUCCGAGAUGUCGUUGGCUAUGGAGAUAAUAUCACGGCUCCCUUCUGUAGGCCUGAAAGUUAUAUAUUAGCAAAUGGUGACGAGUUAUCUAGAGCAAUAACAAGGAAGAGUGCAAAUUAUGACAUGGAUUCUGAAGAUGAAGAAUGGUUGAGCAAGUUUAAUGCUGAGUAUCAAGAACAUGUAUCUGAGGAUCAAUUUGAGUUAAUUGUUGAUGCUUUGGAGAAGGCUAGCUACUCUAAUCCAGAUGAUUGUCUUGAUGAGACUUACCUUGUUAAUCAGUGCCGGGAUCUUUGUUGCAAGGUAGUUUUAGAAGCUGUUUGUAGCUUUUGGAUGAGAAAGCGGAAACAAAAACGUUCUUCUCUGCUUAGGGUUUUCCAGAGUAAUCAAUCAAAGAAGGCUCCACUCAUUCCCAAGCCUUUGCUGAGAAAGAGGAGAUCAUUCAAGAGACAGCCUAGUCAAUUUGGCAGAGGCAAACAUCCAAGGGUUUUGCAAGCAAUUGUAGCUGAACAAGAUGCUUUGGAGGAGAAGAAUGCGAUGCGUAAGUUUGAACAUGCAAAAGCAUCGGCAAACGAAUCCAAGGAGUAUGCAGUACGGAAGCGGAAGAGGGCUCAGUCUCUAAUGGAGAAUGCAGAUUUGGCCAUCUACAAGGCCACCAUGUUGGUCAGAAUAGCCGAAGCAGCUCAGUCCCAGGCCGGAGAAUCAGUAAAUGAGAUGGCAGAACACUUUCUUGAUUGACUAGUAGAGUCAACCAUUCCUUAUGCUAAAUUAUCAUCACACCCCAAUUUUUAUUACACAAAGGGUUGCAGUGGCCGUUGUUUAUUUUUUUGUUCUAAAAAAGGGAAAAUAUUGUAAUUGUGUACAUAUUUUUUUUACCUUUUGCUUGUAUGUACAUCUUGCCUUCAAGUAAUGACCCUCACACCA